GAGCGCUGGAGACGAUGGCGCGGUGAAUGCUGGGCCACGGCCCUCGUCGCCCCUCGCGGCGACGCCGCCCGCUCGGCCGGGAAACAUUGAAGAAGCUGACUCCGGACUCCGGGAAGAUUUUUUGCUUUUGGGAAGUCCCGGAAAAUGGAGCUCGACAGAUGCACACUCGCUACCCACCCGGCCGCUGCCCGCAGUCUUUUCCGGGGAACCUCUUUGUACCAGCCUGAGGAGGCUUCGAAUAGAGAGGAUUUGCGACCCAGAGGCGAGAAGUCCGGCCAGGUUUGGGUUGGCCUCCGCCACCAAGGCACGCCCCUCUCUGUAUCGCGCGGACUUGGCUUUGGGAGGCCCUUUGAGGCAGAAAGACUGUUAAGUUUCUGAAGUGGCUUGUGGACAGCACCUAUGAAUCUGGAAAAUCCAGAAAUGGAGUCCCCGGCCUACCCUCUAAAUUUGAUCCUGAAAGAAGAGCAAAAGGAAGGAGAAAUUGAGAUCCAGGAAUUGGAGGAUGGCUCCAUAGAUACACAGAAAGUACAGAUCUGCUCUGAAGGCGCGUGGGUACCAGCCCUAUUUGAUGAGGUGGCCAUAUAUUUUUCGGAUGAGGAGUGGGAAGUUCUGACAGAGCAACAGAAAGCCCUCUACCAGGAAGUCAUGAGGAUGAAUUAUGAAACUGUCCUGUCCCUGGAAUUCCCAUUCCCCAAGCCAGAUAUGAUCAGUCGGCUGGAAAGGGAAGAGGAGUGUCCUAAUUCUGAUGAGUGGCGGCUCCAGGGAGUAACCUUUGCAGAAAAUGAAGAAUCUGACUUUAGGACUCCAGUUUGGGCAAGCCCGAUGAAUGCCACCUCCCAUUUUCCUCAACCUCAGCACUUCAACAGCUUUGGCCUGCGUCUGCCUCAGGACAUCACUGAACUGCCUGAGUGGAGUGAGGGCUACCCCUUCUAUAUGGCCAUGGGCUUCCCCGGGUAUGACCUCUCAGCUGACGACUUAGCCAGCAAGUUUCAGUUCAGUCGUGGCAUGCGCCGCAGUUAUGAUGCAGGGUUCAAGCUGAUGGUGGUGGAGUACGCUGAGAGCACCAAUAACUGUCAGGCUGCCAAGCAGUUUGGGGUGUUGGAAAAAAAUGUUCGAGACUGGCGCAAAGUGAAGCCACAGCUCCAAAAUGCUCAUGCCAUGCGGCGCGCAUUCCGAGGCCCCAAGAAUGGAAGAUUUGCUCUGGUAGACCAGCGAGUGGCUGAGUAUGUCAGAUAUAUGCAGGCCAAAGGGGACCCCAUUACUAGGGAGGCAAUGCAGUUGAAAGCUCUUGAAAUCGCACAGGAAAUGAACAUUCCAGAGAAAGGGUUCAAGGCAAGUCUGGGCUGGUGUCGAAGAAUGAUGAGAAGGUACGACCUGUCUCUGAGGCAUAAAGUGCCAGUCCCUCAGCACCUGGCCGAGGACCUGACUGAGAAGCUCGUCACUUACCAGCAGAGCGUGCUUGCUCUGCGCCGGACACAUGACUAUGAAGUGGCACAGAUGGGCAACGCAGAUGAGACUCCCAUCUGCUUAGAAGUACCCUCUAGAGUGACUGUUGACAACCAGGGUGAAAAGCCCAUCUUGGUCAAAACACCAGGCAGGGAGAAAUUGAGGAUCACAGCCAUGCUGGGGGUCUUGGCUGAUGGCAGGAAGUUACCACCUUACAUCAUUUUGAGGGGGACAUACAUCCCCCCUGGGAAGUUUCCCAGUGGCAUGGAAAUCCGCUGCCACCGCUAUGGAUGGAUGACUGAGGACUUGAUGCAAGACUGGUUGGAAGUUGUGUGGAGGCGGAGAACUGGAGCUGUGCCAAAACAACGAGGGAUGUUGAUCCUAAAUGGCUUCCGGUGCCAUGCCACUGACUCUGUGAAGAGUUCCAUGGAGAGCAUGAACACAGACAUGGUGAUCAUCCCAGGGGGCCUGACCUCACAGCUGCAGGUGCUGGAUGUGGUUGUCUACAAGCCACUGAAUGACAGUGUUCGGGCCCAGUAUUCCAACUGGCUUCUGGCUGGGAACCUGGCACUGAGCCCCACUGGAAAUGCUAAGAAGCCACCCCUGGGCCUCUUCCUGGAGUGGAUCAUGGUUGCAUGGAACAGCAUCUCAAGUGAAUCAAUUGUCCAGGGGUUCAGAAAGUGCCACAUCUCCAGCAACUUAGAGGAAGAAGGUGACGUCCUCUGGGAAAUCGAGGGCGAGUUGCCCAAAGAACCACCAAAGGAAUGUGGUCCUGAAAGUGUGACUGAGGGUGACUGAGAGGACGCAGGUAACUGGUCAGGAAUAGAUCCUCCACUAUCACUGAUGCCCCUGCUCGUGGCUAGCACUUACCUUUUUUCUAGCCCUUAGUUUUCUCUUUUCAUGUUCUCUUGAAAUACGCCUGCCAUGCCACAGUGUAGACGGCAGGCCAUUAGCACUUUCUUCGUCAGAAACUGAUUUGUAUUGUGUUUUGUGGCCUGGAUCCAGGAGUACUUUUAUAAUGGGUAAGAUGAACAAGGAGCGGUCAGAACACUUCACAUGAGAGCAGUCCCACUGCAAAGUUCCUCGGCCCUCUAGAACAUAGUUCAACAUUGUUUAGCUCACAAAAGAAGUUGUCUGAAGGACAACUUUCUUCUGAAACGCUUGCAUUACUUAACAUAGUUGCACUGCCCUUUGCUGAUCUGCAGGACUACGGCCCAGGCGGAGAAUGAAGUCAGCCUUUAGUAUGGUAACCUAGGCCUCAGCUCUGUGUCCAUGCCCAGCAGGGAGAUGAGAAUAGAUAUUGUUUGCUUUUGUCUAAGAAAUAUUGAGAGUUUAAAAACAUCAUCUUGAUCUCUUAGAACUUCAGAUAUGGGGUGAGCUAUUACAGUCAAUUCCUGUUGUCAGCAGGUAUCUGAAGGAAGAUGUUUUUAAAUUGAAACUUUGAAGGGCUGCAGAGCUGGCUUAGCAGUUAAGAGCAUGCUGUUCUCAAAGUUUGGUUCCCAGCAUCCACAUCCUGCAGCUCAUAACACCUGUAGCUCCAGUUUCAGGAGUCCAGUGACCUCUUUUAGCCUCCUUUGACACCUGCAGUCGCAUGCACACUUCUACAGACACGGUAUUUGUGUGAUUAAAAGAAGCCUUGGGCUAGAGAGAUGGCUCGGCAGUUAAGGAGUGCUGACCAUUCAUCCUUGCAGAGGACUGACGUUUAGUUUCCAGCACCUAGAUAACAGCUCACAACCAGCUGUAACUCCAGUUCCAGGGCAUCCAAUGCCCUCUGCUGGCCUCUGCCAGCUCAUGCAUACAUAUGCAGGCUCACACAUAUACAACAUAAAAUUAAAUCUUUUUUACAAAAUGAAUCUGUACCAGAAAUAGUAUAAUGAAUAAAAUUUGAGAGCCUAAGGUUAUCAAGUGUAUGUGUAGGGGCUGAGGGAGGUGUGCAGAAGAGGAGCAACUUUGGAAAAGCAGGUGAUCAGAGCCCACCCCAGCAAAGGCCCACAGCCCCUAUAUAUACACUUUGAGCAAACAGGAGAAGGACCAGAGUAAGGGGCACAUGGAAGGCAGACAACUCACCCCAUUCUCAUCUUCCUUUUCAAUACACCUACAUACUCUGAAAAGGAAAAUGACCAGCUCUUUAAUAGAAAACCUAAAAUUAACAUACUUUCCUUUAAAAAACAAAAAGUCUAUUAGUUUAUAUUUUACUUGUCCACCCUAACCUACCAUGCCAGUGAAAUGCUAAUAGAAGUCCCCAUGCCCCUGGAGCUGUAUAAGCACAGGCUCCUUAGUGGCAUACACCUCCUUCCUGUCCCAUAGCCUAGAGGUUAAGCCCUAGGCUCUGGGUAUAGUUCUCCACAUGCCCCUGCUCUUUAUAAAGCCAUGGAUUCAGGCUCCCUUUCUGCUGACCACUCUGCUCCCCCUAUGGAUAGCAGACCUUGAGUUGGAGUUGUCUUACCUUUUUCACAUUUUGGCUUUUCACCUAUGUUAGAAAACAUUUUCAAUUUCCUAAGCAAUUUACCACUCCAGGAACCUAGUCAGAAACUGCCAGAAAAGGAAAAGGCAGAAAACCAUGCUAAGCCACAGCUGUGCACACAGGUACAUUCCCUGUUAGCUUGAGCUUCUGCUCCUCCAGAUGCUACCAUCUUUGUGCAGCUUCUGGGGAAGUGAUGGAAACAGACAAGAAUGAGGUUCAGAAGACACAGGCAAUAAACCACCUCCUGUUGCAGAAUAGAAUCCUAUUCUGUAACUGAUUCCUACUUAGGUUCUCUCUGCUUUCCAGCAAAUGGAACUGUGAUUGAAACAGUGGGGAGGAAAACUUGUAAGAAGAUGGCUGCUGAGGGACCAAAAUGGGCAACGAGGCCCUCUGAGCAUCCUAGGUCUGGACAGCAUGAACACCCCAUCUGCCACAUCCUGUCAGGUGUCAGCCAAGUCUAGGACCCUUACAUUUGGCAAUAAGAUUAGAGAAGAAACUUUUUCCUUCGGAGCUGUCUCCAUCUGCCCAGCAUAGAAGCCUAUAAACCCAAAUGAGCAAGAGGUGUUUUCUGGAGAACACCUUUUCAGUACCAAAAUGUACUGUUACCACAGCUCUCAUGUCCUUUCUGUGGAGAAACCAAGUGUGCGUGUGUGCGUGCAUGCGUGCGUACACCUUCACAGGUGCUACAUGUCUCCUCACUGAGGGAAUAAGAUGUUAACAAAGUGGGACACUGGCUUGGUUUAGAUGGCUUUUCUAUAGGUAAACUAGGUUAGGAUACAAGAUAAAGACUUUAAAAUAAAUGAUGCUGUUCCAGUUACCUUUCCAGUCUGGCAGCUAGACCUUUCUAGGGUCUUAUUUAAUGACCCGACUUUUCCUGUUGUCCUCUUUAAUGAGGCAGCCCUUGGUGCACAAGCCUUUGAUUUUCAGGCUGCUGCAGAAGUCUGCAUUCUCUCCUGUCUACACAGAACAAGGCCCACUGACUUGGUUAAUUUCUUUAAUAUUUUUGCCAAAAGGGCAAUGGGAAGAUUUGGGCCUUAAACCACAGCUGCUUUUAGACUCUAACCAUACAAAAAUAGGUAUGAGUCACUGACGACUUCUACAAUAGUAAUUUGCAUUCCCAUGUAAGUCGACUCCUAAGAAAAACAUUCCUUCAAAGCUGUGUGCUACAAAAAUUCUACCAGAACCUCAUAGGCAAAGCCAUUGCUAGAUCUGUCAUUCCAAAUACUCAGUCUAGCCAACAGGUAGCUUGUGAGCACAUCUCCUUCCUGCACUCAGCUCCUAUGGGCUCUCUACACUGUUCUCGGCACCUUCCCCAGUUUCUACUCAGGUACUCAUGCUCCUGAUUGUCCUUUUCUCACCAUUUAACCAGUCAUUAACCUGCCAGUUUGUCAGAGUUCUGAACACAUGACCGUGACUUAAGAACUCAGUGUACUGACAUUUUGUUUCCUGUUAGCUUUGUCUGUACCACCUUGUCAUCCCCAAGUGCCAUCUAAUUAAACCCUGUUCCUCUCCACACUCUCAACAGGUUUGGGAUUUAUUUUGUUUUCUUUGACUGCCCUGUUUCCAGACUCUUAUUUUUCUUGCUUGAGGGCUUAAAGAAUGUCAUGUUUGGAUUUCCACACAAAAGCCAGUUACCUUAAAGAGUAGAAAAUGGGUUUAACCCUCUUCAUCCCAUACCGUCACUCAUCAGCUGAAAUGCCUUACAGGUUAUGUAGCACUGGAACUUUCCUAGAGUGAUGGUUCUGCUGUUUGGGUCUUCUGGACACAUUCUUCCCCUUGACUUAAGAUGAUGUAUGCCUCACAGAGCCCCAGGACAACUAUUGAGCAGAAUAGCUGCUUCCUGACAACUUCCAUAGCUCACUGAGACUGGUACUCCCUACUAGAUAGAAACUGAUCUAGUAAUAAACUUUGAUAAUAAAGACAA